AUGAAUACAUUUUUGGUGGAGAAGAACAACCUGAAAGUGACGUCACCAGAGACGAUCAAAGGUGUUUACGAAUGCGCCAUAGGGAAUUUCGGGAUUCCCAAAUACGGUGGAACACUCGUCGGAACCGUCGUGCAUCCAACAUCGAACCAUAAGGCAUGUAAGAGCUUCAGCGAGUUCGGCGUCUCCUUCAAAUCCAGACCUGGGAGAUUACCCACUUUCCUUCUUAUUGAUCGAGGAGAUUGUUAUUUCACAUUGAAAGCAUGGAACGCUCAGAAAGCCGGAGCGGCGGCGAUUCUCGUGGCUGAUAACAGAGUCGAGCCAUUGAUCACAAUGGAUACACCUGAAGAAGACGACGCUCAUGCGGACUAUCUCGAGAAGAUCAACAUUCCUUCUGUUUUGGUAAGCAAAUCCUUGGGAGACAGCGUAAAGUCUGCUCUCUCCGAUGGUAAUAUGUUCACACCACAUUUCAUCACUUGGUAUUGCCCCGAGGCAUUUCGGGUGAGUAAACAGUGCAAGUCUCAGUGCAUCAACCAUGGGAGGUACUGUGCUCCUGAUCCUGAGCAGGAUUUUACAAGAGGGUACGAUGGAAAAGAUGUUGUGGUUCAGAAUUUGCGACAAGCUUGUGUCUUUAGAGUGGCUAAUGAGACCGGUAAGCCAUGGGUAUGGUGGGACUAUGUGACUGACUUCUCUGUUCGGUGUCCCAUGAAAGAUAAGAUGUAUACAAAGGAAUGUGCAGACGAAGUUAUCAAGUCACUUGGCAUUGAUCUUGAGAAGGUAGACAAGUGUAUUGGAGACCCUGAAGCAGAUGUGGAGAAUCCAGUUCUCAAAGCAGAACAAGAGUCACAGAUAGGCAAAGAUUCCCGUGGAGACGUGACUAUCCUCCCAACACUUGUGGUCAACAACAGGCAAUACAGAGGUAAGUUGGAAAAAGGAGCAGUGCUCAAAGCUUUAUGCGCAGGGUUUCAAGAGGCAACAGAACCAGCAAUAUGUUUAACUGAAGAUCAAAACACCAACGAGUGUUUAGAAAACAAUGGUGGUUGCUGGCAAGACAAAGCUGCUAAUAUUACUGCAUGCCUUGAUACUUUCAGGGGAAGACUGUGUGAGUGCCCUACUGUUCAAGGUGUCAAAUUUGUUGGUGACGGAUACACUCAUUGCAAAGCAUCUGGAGCUUUGCGCUGUGGAAUCAACAAUGGAGGAUGCUGGAGAGAUACUCGAGGUGGCUACACAUACUCUGCUUGCCUUGAUGAUCAUUCAAGUGGUUGCAAAUGCCCCCCUGGGUUCAAGGGUGAUGGAGUAAAUAACUGUGAAGAUGUGGAUGAGUGCAAAGAGAAAUUAGCUUGCCAGUGCCCUGAGUGUAAAUGCAAAAACACAUGGGGAAGCUAUGAAUGCAGCUGCGGCAAGGGUUGGUUCUACAUGCGUGAGCAUGAUGCUUGCAUUGGAAAAUUUGGAGCGAAGUUAAGCUGGAGCUUUCUUUGGAUUCUUGUACUUGCUUUAGCUGCUGCGAGUCUUUCAGUAUAUGCAAUCUACAAGUACAGAAUCAGGAGUUACAUGGACUCAGAGAUUCGGACUAUCAUGGCGCAGUACAUGCCUUUGGACAGCCAACCAAACACUACUGGAACUCAUAUGGACACAUGA